AUGGCGACUUCUCUCUUCUUCAUACCAACAGACCAAAACAACCCAAACGAGCUUCAGAGAAACACUCACCAUGUCAACGGCUCCGGCGAGAUCCGGACAGAGCCACAACAGAAGACCCGUGGUCGUAAACCGGGAUCGAAGACGGGUCAGCAAAACCAGAAGAAACCGAAGCGGAGAGGGAUGGGCAUGGCACAGCUCGAGCGAAUCAGAAUCGAAGGAGAGAAGAAGAAAACAGCCGUCGCCGGAGGAGGAGACACGUCAGCAAUCACCACCCGUUUACCCGACCCGGGUGUUGUGUUACAAGGCUUUCCAAGCUACGGUGGACCCACCACGGCUUCUUCUUUCGGAAGCAGGCUCUAUUGUGGCGGAGUCGGGUCGGGUCAGAUCAUGAUCGAACCUUGGGGUUUUGUUGAGACCCCCAAUAUUCGCUAUGACACUUGCUUCAUCAAGAAACGUUUGGAUGGAGAUGAUCAAAAUGUGGUUCGAUCCAACGGUGGUGGGUUUUCGAAAUACACAAUGAUUCCUCCUCCGAUGAACGGCUACGAUCAUCUUCUUCCACCAGAUCAGAGGAACCAAGGUUUCUUUUACGAUCAUAGACUCGCCAGAUCAGCUUCUGCUUCCAGUAAUCAUCCGUAUUUUCACGAGGCCACAAAUCAUACGGGAUUACUGGAUGAAUUUGAGAGCGGAAACCCUAGAAACGGAACAGGAGAUGUCAAGGAGUACGAGUUUUUUCCGAGAAAAUAUGAUGAAACAGAUUCAGUGGCUACAUCAGUAGGUGAUUGCAGUCCUAAUAUAUCCACCAUCGAUUUGUCCUUGAAGCUUUAA